AAUGUUGGCAAUAGACAGACAAAUAUAACUAAAUUAAUGUAGCAGAUUUGAGAAUUCUUAUGUGUACGCUUGGAGAUAGUGACAGAAGAAGAAAGGAUAAGGAAUGAGAGACAUAACUACGAUAAUAGACAAAAUAAAAAAAAAUAGACCCAGAUGGUUUGGGCAUGUCAUGGGAAGAAAUAAAUCUAAAUCAGUUCUUACUGAUGAUGCAUUACAAACUGCAAUGAAAAUAAACAUAGGAGGAAAAAGGUAGUUAGAAAAACAGAAAAAGAGGUGGUUUCAUGAAAUGAUGCGAAAACAGUCUAUAUAUGCGAGAGAUCGGGUCAAAUGAAAGUUUAGAACGAGUGUGGUUGACUCCAAAUAGUUGCGACAAAGGCGAAGGAGAAGAAAGAAUACAUAAACGAUUUAAAACAAUAAUGUGAAUGUUGUGUUUUAUUAGUAAUAUAUUUGAUGGCUGGUUUCGAUUGACAAACUAAUAUAAAACCAAAUGUAUCAUUAUUCCGUAACUAUUUAAUAAACGUCUACGCCAUUACUCAUUACUAUUUAGUAUUUUUAAUAAAUCAUAAUAUCAUAUAAUGGCCGAUAGUAUAUAACGAGUACUUUUUAAAUUAAUAUAAAAAUAACUGAUAACGUAGGUGUUUUGUGUUGUUUACCAACUUGUGCUCAUUAUAACAUAGGUACCUACUUAACAUUCAUAUUUAUAGGUUCUUUUAAUCUUUUUGGCGAGUGGUGAUCGAUUUACUGACGUAUUAUUGUGAGGAUUUUUUCAGUUUUUAUAAUUUAUAACGUCAUCGGGUGAAUUAAAAAUCGGAAACAAUUUCUAACGGGCGCAUCGGGAAUUCAGCCUACCGCCCUUUAAUCCGAAUCUGGUUACACAACCUCUUAUCUAUAUUCGAAAACUGUCCCCCCCCCCCAUCCACGGUGCAGUCCCGUAAUUACGAUUUCUAAUUACGUCGGUCGUUAUCAUUUAUCGUAACCUUUUUACUUUCGAAAAACCGUACCGAUCUUUUUAUUAUUUAACCAAAAAAUCGAGUUACGCAUCGUUCGACGGUUUCAAUUAAGAUUUUAGCGAAGUUAAACAAACGUGUAAAUAUACCGUUAUACGAUUUUGGUGCCUCAAUUUCGAAUCCCCCGAAAUAAUUAUUGUAAAUGGCUAUUGUUUAGAAAUUUACCACUGUUCAGGAUCUGUGACAAAUGAUAAAUGUAUUUGGUCGCCAACUGUAACGUUUCAAUUUUGGACAGCUUACGGUCUGGAGGAUCGAUCGGUAUCAUGGUGCGUAGAACGUCAAAUGCCGAGUUUACGCUAGAAACAAAAUAUUAAAAAAAAAAAAAAAAAAAACCAGAAACGACACAAAUAUGAGGUAUCUCGAUUCGAGAACUGAAUACCUCUGAGUCCGAUCCCUUUCUCUAGCGUUAGCUCCGGAUCUAAUCCUUUUUUUCGAGGACCCCGGUCUCUCGCUUCUUGUCGGUUUAACGACUAGUAUAGAUUCGAACAGAAAAUUAAAAAAACAUCGUUAAUACGCAAAAUUCCGUGGAAAUCGACAUCGUAAAAUGUAAUGUACCUACUAUUCAACUGGAAACGAUUAGAAAAACGGCCACCGACGCUGUAAUAUUCCAUAAUAUAGAUAUAUAUUUAUGUUGUAAAACACUUUGUACUACGACUCUCGGAACGAUAAACAGAUUAUAGUUUUGACGGCGAACGACGACGACGAAUAAUGUCGCAAUGUUCACCCAACACGAUUCGUCUACGUCUGGAAAUAUAAUUUAUAAUAAUAAUGAUACUAUAUAUUUGAAUUGGGUGCGGUUUUAAUGAUGCUUAUUUAAAAAAAAAAAAAAAAAAUCGAAAUAUUUUAUAUCCGCCUAAAUAGUUAAAGGACCGCCGCGGAGUGUAGCUACGCGUUUUCCUUGCGUCCAAAAUAUAAUACGCCGCUGUCGUACAAAACCGUGUCCACCAGUGUUUGCCACAGUCGGCGGGAACUUUGUCCCCGCGCGCCGUACCUACCGACGAGAAAAUUAACACCGCGGCGGCGACGGCAGUCUGGUCCGACGUGUACGGCCGCGAGUACCUAUAUUAUAUACCCACAUUCCGGUGUCCGGUGAUAUCCCAGCUCCGCAACAGUAAUCCGACACCGUGUUCGAAGCCGACCAAAUGCCGCGUUGAAGUCUACCGGAAAGGCGUACCUAUAAUAAUAAUAACAACAGCAAUUGUAUUAACAUUUUUCAACGCAAUAUUAUAUUUUGAAUAUUAAUAACCGUCCGCGACACAUACCUAACGGGUAAUAAUUACCGGUGUACCGCGAUUUCAAAGAUGGACAACCCGCCGGGACCGAGCACCCCGACCGAAAACUUGCAUAAACCGUUCAACAAUUCUUCGGCGACACAAGUACCUAGGGUUUUCAUUUAUUUUUUUUUCCAGCGGAUCCUGGACAACGACGUGCUAAAAUUGGGCCCCCCUCCCGCUUUAUUUUGUUCCAGGGUUUUCUGGCGUUCGUAUCCCUGUUGCCAUGCGUCAUUUCCGGAGCCAUUCUGGGAUACACGGGUGUAUUGAUGUGGGAUUUUCCGUUAAUCUACCGGAACGCUACGUGGUUCGGUGAGUAUUUCCGUUGGUUUAUUUACAAACGGAUUUUUCAACGGACUGUAUGCCGUCUAUUCAGAUUCAAUAAAAUAAACGUACGUCGACGUGGAUUGUCGCCCGACGAAAACCUUUUAUUGGUACAAUCGCGAUUUCCCGGCGGCAAUAAUAAAACCGAUUAUGUAAUAGUCGAUUUUUUAUUAUAAUCCGCGCUCCUCUGCGAUUCGUAGACGGAACAAUAUUAUUUAGCGAUAAUGUUUCUAUACAUAACUCCCGACGUUUAUUUAUAAGCGCACGUGUUGACUUUGUAAGCAUGUCGUACCCAUGUGACAAGAAUGGUUCAAUAAGUAAUUGUAUUUAUUGUUAAAUAUUAGUCUCGGUAUUUAUUUGAUUUUUCGUUAUUAUUGUUCGAUAAAACAGUUACGGGUUAUAUGCAUUUCAAAACGCAUUUAAUUUAAUACGAUACACGCGAAGUAAACAGAGUUAAUAUUUUGUUAUAGAAAAUUAUAAAUUGUUUUUCGAGAAAGAAAAAAAAUCCAACACUAGUAAUACAACCACAUAUUCUUCACUUGGGCAUUAGUAAGAGGGGAUUCUCGACCGGUUGAUUUUUACAUUCUCGAACGGCACCGAUUAUUCCCCCAGUCAAUUGGACUCUAUAUCGCAUAUUAUUAUACGAUAUUAAUAAUAUUAUAAUAUUAUCAUGUUUAUUGGAUACGUGCAUUUUUCACAAUAGUCACUCGACGCGGAAAUAAUAAAACUUAAUGAGCCUCCUUUCCUCCCCCCCCGUGGACUUGUAUAAUUUAGAUAAAAAAAAAAAUAUUGCGCUAUAGACCCAGAACAAAGUUUCCAAUGUAGUCUCAACGUCUUAUUUUUAACUUCGGUUUUAUAGUUUCACGUAGAGAGACUGGAUUAUAGUCUGGUCUCUCGAGUUUCACGUCUUCGAAUAUUUAAUGGGUACCUAUUAUAUUACAUAACAUGUUAUUGUAUUACAAUUCUUAUCUUCAAUCGCCGUAUGUUGCUAUUAAUAGUAUGAUGUUUUAUUAUUAAUGUUAUUGCCACAAAAACACUGUACAUAAGACAAAUUAAAUAAUAACUGGUACUGCCAGCCUAGUAGGAGUACUUAAACUAUUUUAUUGUCUAUCCAUUAAAUAAAUAAGAACGUAGAUUUAACCGGUUAUUUCUUUUUCGUUUUUUACUGUACUUAAUUAUUAGUUGGCCGAACAGUCAAAGAAUUUGAUGACUAUAUGUUAUGAUUAUACGUACUCGUUUCUCUUGAAAACGCAUGAUCAGUUCAAAUCGUACAUAAUUUCACUUGGGCGAUUUGUUGACGUAUUUCCAUCCAUUUUCCUCGGAUUUUAAUUCAGUACAUUUGGAAAAUGAAACUAUUUUCCACUAAUAAUAAUUGAUUUCUUUGAAUGUAUAUUGCAUUAUAUCACUGUUGAUUAUUAUUAUUAAAGAUUAAAGACAUUUCAUUAUUUUUAAGAAUUUUUUUUAUUCGGGACACAGAUCACGAGUACAAUAUAUUAUAUAAAAAUAAGUUAAGAUCCGACGAGUUUAUUAUUAUUAUAAUUAAAUCUGUUGUCUAUAAUUAUAAUAUAUUUAUUAUUAAUCAAUAAUAAUUAUUGUGUAGUGUGUACCGAUUACAUGCGGACUUAAUGUAUUAAUAUAUUGCAUUAAUAAUACGGUAUUUUGCCGGUUUUUAAAACCUGUGCGAAAAUGGUUUUUGCGCAUUUUUGGCAACUCGACAAAAAUUGUAUUUGUGAUGAAAGAAUUGUCCACGUUCCCUUGAAAUUUCCCCUAUCGUCGUCCAUUGAUUAAUUCCUCGCCACGCACAGAAUAUAAAAAAAAAAUCGGUGUGCACGACUACAGCCAUUACGUUAUUGUACAUCAAUAUAUCGUUAUCAUUACUUAUAAAAUUCAUAGUUGUAGUUAGUGACUAACGCAUAGGCGCGCAUUAAACUCUGGUAGGGCCACUGAAUUAUUCACUAUUCUGUGCUCCGUCCAUUAACUAUUUUUUCAGAAUUUUCGUAGUACAGAUACAUGUUUCGAGUUUGGUAUAAUAUACAGUGCGGAGAUUGCAAAUUUCAACAUAAACAUUUACUUUUACUGAAACGUUAAGUAGGUAUCUCUUCAUAAAAAUUGUAAUAUAAAUUGCUAUUUAAAAAUCGAAAACGGUUAGGGAUUUCAUUCGGCAUUUUAUGAAGACUAACAAAAAGUAAUGGGAACGUAAAUUUUUGGAGCUAUUUAUUUUAUAAGUUGCUAAAAAAAAAAAAAAAAUGUUUUACUAAUUAUUUGAUAAGGACUAAUGAAGAUUAACUCCUCCAAGCUUCCCUAUUCACGCCUAUGUAGGGUAGUAUUUUUUUCAAUACAAUAACGGCCUUCAUGGCUUAUGUAUAUAUUGUUUAUAUAAUUUUACGUUUUAUGUUUUUGAUGAAAAAACAAAUCAAAAAUUAUAACUUAAUUCAAUUCAAUAAAAUUAAGAACUGCCAAAAUGUAUAAAAAGCAGGGAUGGUAGGUGCGAGAAUUUUUCCUUUUGUUGUAUUCGAAUUGUAUUCCUCAAUUCCUAGAAAAUAUAGUUCUCAGUGACAAACGUUCACUAUAUUUAUUAUCUGAUAAUUUUGUUAUAGAAAGAUGUUUUCAAUGAUUUUUGUCUUAUAGUGUACCUAUUAUUAAAAACUGAACAUUUUCAAAACCUAUUUAAAUUAGUAUGAUUAUGUUUUGUCUUAUUAGCCAAAACGAUUUUCGGCCGAUAUUUUAUAUACCUAUUAUACUACUUAUUAUUAAUGAUCUUUUAAUUGCUGUUCGCAGCUAGUUUUGCUGCCUUAGGCGCAGCGGCAGGCUGUCUGAUGGCAGAGAGCAUAAUUAACUCGUUCGGACCACGAGGAGCCAUACUUCUAAGCCACGUGAUCUGCGUCAUCGGUUGGGUGUUGUCCGUCACCAGCCUGACCACGGCCAAUUUGCUGACUGGCCGCCUGUUCACCGGUGCAUUCGUGGGCAUUGUCUCGACGGCUGCGAGCGCUCAUAGCACCGAGUGUUUUCCGACGCGCCCCGCAGCCCGGCCCGUCGUCUUCACUGCGUUUGGCGUGCUCAUCGUUUAUCUGACCGGGUCGCUGCUCAACUACGCGCAGACCGCUAUGGUGGCUGCUUUUUUCACCGCUGCUUCGUUCGUACUCGUCCGGUGGUUCAUACCUGAGAGUCCGUCCUGGCUGGAGUCUCACGGUCGCUCUGGUGACGCUGAAUAUUCCAGGCUCAGGUUGAGGCUGGUCCGCGACGGCGAUCGCCCGUCAGAAAAUCCACCACUGGCGGUCGGCUUGUCGUUCUUGAAGCACGCCAACCGUUCCGAAAUUUACCGUCCGUUCUUAGCAUUGUGCCUACACCUUGUCCUUCAGCAACUAUCUGCUCCUUUAGUGAUUGUAUCGUACGCCUCUCAGUUUGUAUCCGACUCGGGAAUCCGGGUACUCACCCCGCACUUUAUCUCUGUCGUAUUGGCGGGGUUCCUGGUUGCCGGCAGUCUGGUGUCGACUGCCAUGAACCAUCGCCAGUCUGCUGCUGUAUUAUCGUCCACCGGUAUACUAGCUGGGAGCGUUCUAAUCUCUGUGUACAUCCUCGUCCGUCGGAUGUUUCUUAACAGAUUAGGAUCACAGCUGCUAAGUGUUGUGCCAAUUUUGGGACUCGUAUCAUUCAUGGCAUCCAGUUGUAUUGCUCUAGUUCCCAGUUUGCCCAUCAAAGACACACCUGGUGAAAAUGUUGCAGUAGCUUUUAGCUACACCAUAGCCUUUAUCGUAAUCAAGGCCUAUCCAUACGUUCAUGCCCACCUGGGCUGGUGGGUGUUUCCCUGUUUUGCUGGCAUGGCUGCUCUGAACGUGGUUUAUGGCAUACUGAUGUUCUCUGAUCAACCCAAAUCUAAAGCUAACCCAUUAACUGUACCUUCUGUUUAAGUGCACCAUAACUGUCAUUACAACUUAACUACACUUAUUAUUGUUUAACAAUUUUCAAUAUUAUAAUAUCUGCCUUUCAAAAUGAUUACAAUAAAUAAUAUUUUGUAUUAAAUAGCAUAUUAGAAUUUGUAUUAUGUUUAUUUUAACUUUUAAGUAACUGAUUUAAUUUUAUAAUUUGAUUUUUAGAUAUCACCUUAAUUUUGUUUAUUGGUAAUAAAUAUAAAUAUAAUUAUCAUAUUGUUAUAGAACAUGUCAAAAAUGUGUACAAAACUUCAAUAUAAUAAACUUUAUACUUUUAUAAUAUAUGCACAUAAAUCAAAUUACAUCAAAGUAUUAAUUAUAUAAAUGUAUUUAAUUACAAACUGAACUUAGGC